AUGCCCGCGAGCGGCCGUCGCCGUCGCGGUCCCCUUGACAGUGGCUUCACAAUUGAUGAGACAGUUGCUGAGUAUAUCAGAAGGACUGUGCUGAAAAUCCCACGCUAUCAAAUCAUGGAAAUGCUAACGAUGUGGGAAUUCCUCUCCAAGACGCAGCUGCAAACCAUUAACGUGCAUCAGCUAAAGGAAAGAAUUUCCCAAGCAGUGGUGGAGCUUUGUGAGGAAAACUCUGCAAGUAUCAAGCAAGCAGCCAUUCUAGACAUGAUUUACAACUACACCUAUCGGAACAAGAAAGUUUGGACUGUUUACCAAAUGACCAAAGCAGCGGGUGAAGAAACUGACUCUUUUAACUUGGCAGAUUUCAAAUACAAAUUUAAGAGAAGUCUUCGGUCAGCUCUGAAAAAUGUGACUAUCAACUUCAGAGAAUAUGAGGAUAAUGCAAUAUGGAUUCGAAUUGCUUGGGGAACACAGUAUACAAAACCAAACCAGUACAAAGCUACUUAUGUCGUAUAUCACUCGCAAACUCCCUAUGUCUUCAUUUCCAGUCUUAGGAGCAGCAUACCUCUGCUUUGUCAGGCACUGGUUCAUGCUUCCAAUUACCAUGACAUCCAUGAAAUGGAGCUCCGAAGCCGUUGUAUAGACUCCCUUAAAGAUAUUGUGUUCAAGAGGUAUAGCCAGACUUUCCAAACAUAUCACCCAAGACCUCUACAAGAAAGAAAUGUUGCUCCAGAAAAGGUGGAUCCGAGGAUAAUUCAAGAAAAUAAAAGGGAAAAAGAGAGAAUCCAGUGUGUGAAUCAGGAGGUCUUUGGUGAGGGUCUCCAACCAAAAAUAGAAUUUGCACAAUAUAAGCUUGAAACAAUGUUUAAAGGUGAACCUGAAAUGGACAUUCUGACUGAAAAAGAACCAUUCAGAUGUGUAGUCAAAUUUUCCAGUCCCCAUCUUUUAGAAGCAUUGAAAUCCUUAGCACCAGCAGGUAUGGCUGAUGCACCUCUUUCACCAUUACUUACAUGCAUACCACAAAAAGCCAGGAACUAUUUUAAAAUUAAAGAGCGAAAAGGCAUACUUUCAGCAAGCUGUCUAGGCCCCUGA